AUGGCCCCAGAUACAAGACCUUCUUUUGCCUCUGACGGGGCCUUGACCUCUCACGAGAGUCCUCCGCGCCGUCGCCCCGUUUCUGGUCAACGAUUGCGGAAAUUGCGAAAGAUAACCCGAGCCUGCGAUGCUUGCAAGGCGAAAAAGAAAGCCUGCACAGGAACCAUUCCAUGUGGGCCUUGUGUCCGUCGCAAGGCCGACUGCACUUACAACACUACCUACAAUCGCGGUGCUGCUGUCACUCCUCCCCCAUCCGGUUCACACAUGGAACACGACGUGCCCACUCCAACCUCGCGACAGAUUACGCAAGAAACUGAGAGUGACGCCGCUACAACAUUUGAGCCACCGGGAAGACGGCAUUCGACUGACGUCGGCGAUCAAUAUUGGGGACCGACUUCGGCGCACUCAUUCCUGGGCUGGGCAGUUCGCGAUCUUCCACCGAGUCCGUCGAACGCGGUAACCGCCGCGCAAGAAUCGGCACGAGCUUCAAAGACGUCCAUCUUUCAUUUUGGCGACCGCGUGCCCCCUGAUGUUCAGCUGGCGGAUUUCCAAUGGCCAGACCGGAUGACGGCAGAGAGCUUGACUCGUCGAUAUUUCGAAUUCGCUUGCCCGACAUAUCGAACCCUACACCAGCCGACGAUCGAGGGGAUGAUACAUGAGAUAUAUGGGGAGGAUACGUAUUAUAAUGGCCAUGAUUCGUCAAAGGGAGAGUCGGCUGCCUCUUAUGCGAUACUCCUGAUGGUCUUUAGUACGGCCACCAUGUUUCAGUCAGGCGCUGGUGGCCGCAUGAGGGACGCGGAUGAGAAUGGGUGGGUAACGAGUGAGCAGUACUUUGCGAAAGCAGAACAGCUUCUUUCUCAGGAAACCGGCGUGCCAACCCUGGAGUCAGUCCAGGCGCGCUUUUUGAUGGUUCUUUAUUUGAUCAGCUCUUCGCGUGCGAACAAAGCCUGGUUCACGCUCGGCACUUCAAUACAGCUAAUGAUGGUGCUUGGUCUACAUAGCCGACGUUCGAAUCGAGAUAACACUGGAGAGAACUUGAUACAGCGGGAAUGUCGGCGGCGGACUGUUUGGUGUUCUUAUACUCUCGACAAGUACCUGAGCGUCAUUCUCGGAAGGCCCCGACUGUGGCACGAUGGAGACGUUGAUGAGGAGCUUCCCGCUAGGGUCAAUGAUAUUGAUCUCACGCCCACACAAAUUGAACCUCCAAAAUGGGACUGUGUCAUGGACGCUCCCGUGCUUCACGCCAUCUUAUCUCGAACCCUGUCACAAGCCGCGAAAGAACCGUAUGUCGUCGCUGGUAUAUCCAACAGAGACCAGCUCAACACAAUCAGAAAUCUAUGCAAGAGCGUUACCGAGUGGCAAGCUGGAUUACCCCCUCUCCUGUCCGGCGCGAUUCAUCCCAGCAGUCUCGUUCCAGUAUUCCAGCGUCAGCUUACUGUUUUGCAGCUGGCACGUUACCACCUACUCAUGUUCAUUACUCGGCCAUUGCUGCUCCGGAAUUAUGGCCAAAUAUGGCCUGAUUGCGAAGCUAGCUAUUUUCAUUAUCUUGGAGUCUGCCUAACAGCUGCUCGAGACGCGAUUGAACUAGUUCUCAGCUUCGUGCGUGAAAACCAGUUAUUUCACGCAUUUUGGUACUCCCAGUAUAUUACCUUCAAUGCGCUGUCUAUCAUCUACAUCUACCUCAUACAAGUUCAACGCGGGAGGCUUGUCCCGAUCAGUGCCACUCUCGGUCGCUCCCCGAACGGAUCAAACUUUCCCCCUCUCGACGAGGCUAAGCUAUACCGAUUGUCCGAAACUGCCCAGUAUCACCUUGCCGAUGCUACGGUUCGCAACGCACCCUCAUGGAAAUACAGCGCUAUCCUGCAAGGCCUCCGACGAGAGCUUGAGCGCCUUGGCUUGAGAACGCCCCUGGGUCCUCCUCCUAACAACAGGGGAGAGCCAACCGCUAGAGAGGCGCCUCCAGCCCCGAUCGACAACACUUUGACCCCGACUGCCCAUCCAAUCUAUCAUCAAGUACGAGAGGCAGAACCGAUACCUGCUGUUCCACCUCUUGGGGAGCCGAGUGGAAGCGCCUUGCCCGCCUUGGGAUUACCUCGACUAGGCGACCCUUACUUUCCGGACUCACGGACGGAGUAUUUGUUCGAUAGCUUUGCGACCGAUAAGGAUUUGAUGCUUGAUUUCUGGCCACAGCUGGAUAGCUUGCCUAUUAGCUAUCUUGGAAACUGA